CCGCUUGUUGCCUGUCUCAAAGAAAAUUCUUGACAUCAAUAUGCUACAAUGCUGUUACCCUAAAGAAACGUAAUUCGUGUCUUAUGCGUCCGCUGACAUAAUUGAAGAAAAAGGGUGCCUGUUCCAGUGUUGACUGCUGUGACGGUCAAUCUCUGACUAUUCUUAACCUGUACUGCUGCUGCUCUGCUCAAUGAGGUACAGAGGGGCUCAGAUCUAUCUCUGGGUUCAUGGCUCAUGCUGUCUGUCCCGCUACUCACUGCCUGGCAAACUCACUCAGGUACGAACCUACAGUGCUCUCCAUCAGCCUGGUUCAUCACCACCACCACCUCCAAACAAGCCUUCCCCUUCUGAAGGGAAAAAAGGAUCAGAGCUUCUGAAGGAGCGUGCCUUGACUGUCUUACAGCAUGCAGGUGAGUUUGGGCGGCAGUGGAGUCAGAGGUCGGCUCAAGCAGCCACUGCCACAGUAAACCAGUGGUGGGAGAAGUACGAGGAGUUUGUGGGGCUGAAUGAGGUCCGCGAGGCUCAGACAAAGGUCACUGAGGCUGAGGCAGCAUUCAUGGUGGCCAGAGGGAUAGUUCGUGAGGCUCAUGCUAGCCUGGAGGCUCAGCAGGGCAGGCUGAAGGAGAUCAGAGACCGACUGGACAGAGUCUCAAGGGAGGAGCCACACUACCUGGAACUGGCCACAAUGGAGCACAAACUCCUACAAGAGGAGCGCCGCCUCCGGACAGCGUACGAGAACGCAGAGGGUUCAGAGAGGGAGAAGUUUGCUUUAUUCUCUGCGGCCGUUAGAGGAAGCCACGAGAAGGAGAGGACGAGAGCGGAACGCACCAAGAACUGGUCCAUCAUUGGCUCGGUGCUCGGAGCCCUGAUCGGAGUCAUGGGGUCAACAUACGUGAACCGAGUCCGCCUGCAGGAGCUGAAGAAUCUGCUGCUGGAGGCCCAGAAAGGUCCAGAGAGCCUGCAGGAAGCCCUGAAAAUCCAGGCUGGAAACCAUCGCUCCCAGCAGGACGAGCUCCGAACGCUCAUUGACAGUCUCAGAGUUGCUCUGCGUGAAACCUUCGCACAGAGGAGCGCUGUUCGCCAGGACAAAGAAGGCACAGCCCCACACUCGCCCUCUGUGUCUGUUUCAGCCUUAAAAGAUCUCCACACAGGAAGCAAAAGGACCGAGUCCCUCUUAGAGUCCCUGCCACCAAAACUGGGACAACUGGAACGAGGGCUUGGGAAAGUUGAAAGUGAAGUGUCAACCGUGAGGAAGCUGCUGGAGACCAAACCACAGCUUCAGACACAAGCUGGUCAGCUGCAGCACGAGAGACCAGAAAGAGCUGAGUCUGAGGCAGUGGUGAGGAGUCUGGAGGAGACUCAGAGGACUCUGGGAGAACAAAUCAGGACCACCAAUCUUUAUAAUGCAGUGUUUGCCUACACCGCCACUGCCAUCACCAUAUCUGCUGUCUACCUGCUGCUCAGAGGAACUGGUUAGAUACGAUACCUCCAGUUUGAAUAUGUAAAUGUAUGGGAACACUAUCGGGCACUGGGACUAAUAAUCUGAACAAAUGAGUGCAAAUUACAAACCGCAGUGAACUCGGUUUAUCUAAUAAACCGGCUGCAGGUGUUGAUUUGGGUUUAUUAUCUACCUCUGCUGCUUACUGCACUAAUGAGGCUGAGGACUUCUUUUAACUGCUUCUAAAUAUUUAAAAUUCACUGAUCUCAAGAUGGCAGAUAAACAGGAGCACUGUUGGUAUAUGUGAAUGUCAUGUUUAGCGGUUUAGAAAAGAAUCCCACAUUACAACAACUAAAAAUGAUGUUUGUUGUCUAAACUGAACAAACCACUGAAUCAGACUUCUCAACAAAUACCCACAAGAAACUUGAGUCUGGGUUAUUAUAGUUUAGCAUUACAGGUUUAAAUAAAAGAAUAAUAAGUAAAAGGUAGACUUCUGAAGAAUAAAAAUUAACUGAUGUGAUAUUCUGUACUUUUACAGAUACAAAACUAUAGUAAGUCUGACUCGAGUUCUCCAGCACAUUGUUUAGGUGACUUGGGUUGAUUGAUUAGCUGAUACAGACACAUUCAUGGGGCCUUAUUAUUCCUGCUUCUUAUCCAUGUUCAUUCUCUCGUGUCUUUUGCUGCUAAAUUUUCCACUACUUUUAAAAGCUGGUCUCUAAAUGUCUCUGUGUGGUCUUUGGUACUAAGGAGGUCAAUACACUUCAGAGCUUUCUCCUCUGAAAUCAGCUGCCUGCUGUAGCUGAAAAUAAUGCUACAACGGCAGUAAGAGUGGACCACAAAGACAGAGUUAGAUAAACAAUGAGCUUUAUGAAUUAUGAUAACUUCAAGGCUGGUAUUGACAAACCUUUUGUGGUGCAUAUAUCCUGUGUACUUAUCUUUCCAUUAUACUUUAAUUAUAAAUCAGAAAAAACUGCCAAAAUGCAAGAGUUCAGAUUUUCUGUACUUUGUUCUCUGUAUGCCGCCUUCUCACAAAGUAGUAGCUCAAAAAUAAUAAAAUCAAGACUUGUAGCUGUCAACACUGUCAAACAGAAGUAGAAAUGGGACAUAAUCAGAUGUGGGGCCAGGUGGUUGCAGUGCCAUGUGAGUUUUCAGCGUCUUGAUUCAGCCUUAUACUCGUCAGCCUUGGAUGUAGUUAGUUGACCAGCUGAACCUCAGAGGGACCACAUCACAGGUCAUGAUUGCACCACUGGCAUUCACCUCCAAGCUAAAGCAGGACGGAAAACUGAAGGGAGCUGAAAUUUUAGUAUGUAAGGUAAGACAUGUUCAUUUAGAUUUAGAUCAGAAAACCUGUAUCUUUGAUUUCAUGGGACAUAAUAUUGUUUAAGAUGAGGAUAAAUAUAGAAACGAACAAUAAUGAGAACUGUGUUUUCAUUUACAUGAGAAAAGUCACUGAGAUGGACUUCAAAAUAUAUUUUGUUCUUUAGAUAAAACUAAAUAUUUACCUGAGAACAACCACAAAUAUGCACUGCAGUGUAACACCCUCUUAACCCUCUCCAGUACUUGAACCCGUGUGCCGUCAUGUUGGUGUCGGGCUGUUAUGUAGCUGAUGAUGUGUGCUGAACUGAGCGAUGAUCCCUGUUUAUUAAACAUCCAUAUGAAGAAACUGCUGUUGCAGAGAGUGAUUUACAGGCUAAUACUGAAUGUCUGUCUUCCUUUGUU